AUCAACAAACUCCUUGACUACGAGUCGGAUCACACACAAAAAAUCGCUCCCACAGUUUAGAUUAUACAAAAUAGUUAUCCAGCAAUAAAUAGAAAUUAUAUAUUAAAGAACCGCGCCAAGAUGGAUGAGCUAGAGAUUACUAGUGUGGGCCAGUUCCAGACGCUGGUCCGCUACAACAAUCCAGUGCUGGUGGUCAAGCAUCCGGAGAAGAAGGGGGCUCCGCUGACGGAGCUGGAGAUGAAACGCCCCCAGACAGCGGGCGCUCUACUAGAUACCAAGCGGGAGACGGAAGAGAUAUUAAACUCGAUUUUGCCACCUCGUUGCUGGGAGGAGGAUGGCCAGCUGUGGCAGCAGUCGGUGUCCAGCACACCCGCCACUCGCCAGGAUGUCAUCAAUCUGCAGGAGAUGCUCGACACUCGCCUGCAGCAGACGCAGGCCCGUGAGACGGGCAUCUGCCCAGUGCGUCGUGAGCUCUACUCGCAGUGUUUUGACGAGAUUAUCCGCCAGGUCACCAUCAAUUGCUCGGAGCGCGGUCUGCUACUGCUGCGUAUUCGCGACGAGAUUGCCAUGUCCAUGGAGGCCUACGAGACGCUCUACUGCAGCUCCGUGGCCUUUGGCAUGCGAAAGGCAUUGCAGGCCCACGAGGAGAAGGAGAUGCUGCGCGAUCGCGUCAAGACGCUGGAGCUGGACAAGGAGGCGCUGGAGGAGAUUAUCGCCGAUAUGAAGCUGAAACAGGAGCAGGCCGAGCGCCGCAAUGCCGAGCUGCGUGCUUCCGAGGAGAAGAAGUUCACCGAGGAGAUCACCUUCCUCAAGAAGACCAAUGCCCAGCUGAAGGCACAGCUGGAGGGCAUCACUGCGCCCAAAAAGUAGAAAUUCUCUUGAUUUAAUGUUGUGUGUGUGUGUGUGUGGGUUCUUGCAUUUGUCCUUAAUAAUUGUUGGAACUUAUU